CUGCUUCACAGUUACUUCCAGGACACAAAGCCAAAGCGUCGCAUGCGAGGUGUUUCAAUGAGUGUGUAAACUUGAGUUAAUGAUAUAGGCUUUCACCGCAUGUGUGAAAGUGUGUGAGUGUGUGCAUGUGUGUGAGUUGGAAGUAUUUGUUUUCCAUCAUGAGUCUGAAAUGCAGGAGAUUCUCACUGGACAGCAGUGUCUGUCUGGACGGAGUCGGAGUCCUUGGUGGAAGAAGAGGCAGCAGCAGGUUUAGCAUUAAGAAAUCUAGACAGAGCCAGAGUCUGGACGAUGCCCGGCUGGAGAUCCAGGCUCUAAAUCAAAGCCUUAACUCCAACAUUUCCCUCAGGAGGCAGACAAUAGCAGAGGAGAGGAGCGAGCGAUCAGACGGGCUCGUCAACAGUGGUAGCUUCCAGAAACACAACAAAACCUUCCACAAACUGUUCCUUGAGAUUCCUGAGGGGGAGAACCUGACACACACAUUCACCUGUGCCCUGCAGAAGGAGGUGCUCUAUCACGGAAAACUCUUUGUUUCCGAGAACUAUGCGUGUUUCCACUCUUCUGUUCUGCUCAAAGACACCAAGGUGGUGAUUCUUGCUUCCAGCGUCAUGGGGGUGAAGAAACAUAACUCAGCUUUAUCCAUGUUGUCUGUUCAAACUGCUGAUGGAGAAAAGUACACCUUUGUGUCUUUGAGGAACCGUGAGAUGUGUUAUAAACUCCUCCAAACGAUCUGUUCACAUGCACAGAGCGUCAACAGCAGCCCUCAUCUCUCCUCUGCAGAGAAUGAAGCUGAUCAUGACUUGGCGUCCAGUUAUUCAAGUUUGGAGGACAGCGUAGAUCGUGAUCAGAGCAGACAGAACAGCAUUUAUCUUGACAACGGCUUUCCUCAGAUGUCGAGUGAAGCUCCUACAAGACGCAAUUCCACCCGUCAAAACAGCUCAGCAGACGAAGACGACAGAGGCGUGUCUGUAUCGUGGAUUGGGAGGAUCACUGAGAGGGUCACACAGCUCUCCUUCAGAGAAAUCAGGAAUGUCAGGGUUCUCUUCUAUUUCUUCAUUACACUGAUGGUGUUGCUCCUGUUGGCGUCCGGGUACAUCAGGCUGAGGAUCCUGGCACUGGAGGAGCAGCUGACCGAGUUGACACUACAUCACAGAGAGUACGAACAGACGUAGCCAGUAUCAGGAGACCGUCAAAGACAAAUCCCUCCAGGAGCUCGUGCACUACUCUAUUAAGAUCCAGCUGUACGUUGAUCCCUGUCUAGACAGACUCCCAAAAGCAUCUUAGCAGCGAGACUCGGUUCAUCAGACACACAGCGCGUCUUUCUGUUAAAUUUCCAGUACUGUGCACAAACAAGUUCAAAACAAGAUUGGUCUCCUGUGUCAGUGCUAUGUCUGAGGAGGAUGCAGGUCAGCAUUAAGAUGCUUUUGGGAUGUCUGAACUCGGCCACACGCAGUGAACUACCGGAUGACUGACUGCGUUGGCGGAGAACCGCCAGGACAAUGUUUCUGUUCAGAGCCAUGCUCCUUCUCUGCUGACAGAUCAGAUAUUGAAGUGAGGAUCUCCUGCACUGAGCCAUAUGGACGCAGCCUGCUGAAGCCUUGCUCACUUCCUGGCCGGUGAACAGCUGAGCUCAGCGAGCUGAGGUAACUGGAGUCUUGGCUGCAUUUUCUUGGAUCAACACAACCUGAGACAGUGAGAACACACACACACACACACACACACACACACACACACAGAUUAAAAUGAUGACUUAAUUGUUGCUUGGUUUAAAAUGAUUUGUAUGUUGUGAAACAAGGGUUCACAUUGUGUAACUGCAGGCAUCUGCUGACAUGUUCAAAGACUGGUAGUGACAAUAAUCAGCCAGCAGAGGUCAGUCACUCCCAUUAAAACCUCUCUUUUUCACUCAUAAAGAGAAUCACACUGAAAUGACUUCAAAAUACAAAUGUUACGAAACGUUUGCUGCUGCUGUUAUGUCAAAUUAAUCCUGCUCAUAUGAGAAUUUGUGAUGUUCAUGCACGUUUUGGCAACAGAUCUCGAUUUUACACCAAUUUUCAACUAUUUAAAUGUCAAACAUUAUGUGAAUUAUGUUAAACCCUGUAGAGAAACACAUCUGAUUCUACAUUAUAAAGGAGUGUUAGGGCCACACUGAAGGGAAAAAAAGGAAUUUGGGGCUAAAUUCGUAAUAUUGGCACAAUAAAGUCAUAAUAUAGAGAAAAAAGUUGUAAUAUUAUGAUAAAAAGUCAUGAUGAGUAUAAGGUUUUACAGUUUCAAGAAAAAGUCAUAUUACAAGAAAGCUGUAAUUUAAUAAGAUUAAAGUAAUAAUAUCACAAGAAUUAGGUCAUAAUAUAACAAGAAACAAGCUGUAAUAUAUUUAGAAUAAGGUCAAACUACUUCUAAUACAUAAUAUUACAAGAAUUAAGUCGUGGUAAUAUAAGAAAAAAAAGUCAUUGUACGUAACUAAACUACAAAAUUUAUAAGAAACUCAUUUUAACUAGAAAGUGGUGAUACAGUAAAAAGGCCAACAAAGUCACUGACUGGUAGAAGACGCAGCCACAGGAUUGCGUAACUCUUUAUACCAUGUAAUCAUGGCAUA